CGUCCAGCUAUCUCCCGCGCCGCCCGCCAUCUUGUCCCAGUGUCUCUUUUGCCGUCGGCAGUGUUGAGUCCGCCGUGUUGGUCCGUCGGGAGGAGGCAGGAUACUAGGUCUUUUGUUUGUGUUCGACCCCGUAGUUUGGUCCGAGGCCUCUCUGUUUUCCCUGUGCAGCCUGUGGAAGCCGAAGCGGCCGCCCCCGCCCCUCCCCGCCGUCCCCGGGCCAGGAGGGACCGAGCCCGCGUCACGCCCCUCGGCCGUAGCCACUGCUUUCUCUGUCGUCGUUGCGUCCGUAUCGUGUCCCCGGAAUCAGACUGUGCCCCAUAGAUGGCCAGCUUUCCCCCGAGGGUCAACGAGAAAGAGAUCGUGAGAUCGCGUAGUAUAGGUGAACUUUUAACUCCAGCAGCUCCUUUUGACAAGAAAUGUGGUCGUGAAAACUGGACUGUUGCUUUUGCUCCAGAUGGUUCAUACUUUGCUUGGUCACAAGGACAUCGAACAGUAAAGCUUGUUCCAUGGUCCCAGUGCCUUAAGAACUUUCUCUUGCAUGGCACAAAGAAUGUUGCAAACUCAAACAGUUUAAGAUUGUCAAGACAAAACAGUGAUGGUGGUCAAAAAAAUAAACCUCGUGAACAUAUUAUAGACUGUGGAGAUAUAGUCUGGAGUCUUGCCUUUGGAUCUUCAGUUCCAGAAAAGCAAAGUCGCUGUGUAAAUAUAGAAUGGCAUCGGUUCAGAUUUGGACAAGAUCAGCUACUCCUUGCCACAGGAUUAAGCAAUGGUCGUAUCAAAAUAUGGGAUGUAUAUACAGGAAAACUCCUCCUUAAUUUGGUAGAUCAUACUGAAGUGGUGAGAAAUUUAACUUUUGCUCCAGAUGGGAGCUUGAUCCUGGUAUCAGCUUCAAGAGAUAAAACUCUCAGAGUGUGGGACCUGAAAGAUGAUGGAAACAUGAUGAAAGUAUUGAGAGGGCAUCAGAACUGGGUGUACAGCUGUGCAUUCUCUCCUGACUCUUCUAUGCUGUGUUCAGUCGGAGCGAGUAAAGCAGUCUUCCUUUGGAAUAUGGAUAAGUAUACCAUGAUACGGAAACUAGAAGGACAUCACCAUGAUGUUGUAGCUUGUGACUUUUCUCCUGAUGGAGCAUUGCUGGCUACUGCAUCUUAUGAUACUCGUGUGUAUAUCUGGGAUCCACACAAUGGAGACAUUUUGAUGGAAUUUGGGCACCUAUUUCCCCCACCUACUCCAAUAUUUGCUGGAGGAGCAAAUGACCGAUGGGUGCGCUCGGUAUCUUUCAGUCAUGAUGGACUGCACAUUGCAAGCCUUGCUGAUGAUAAAAUGGUGAGGUUCUGGAGAAUUGAUGAGGAUUAUCCAGUACAAGUUGCACCUUUGAGCAAUGGUCUUUGCUGUGCCUUUUCUACUGAUGGCAGUGUUCUAGCUGCUGGGACACAUGAUGGAAGUGUGUAUUUUUGGGCCACUCCAAGACAAGUCGCUAGUCUUCAGCAUUUAUGUCGCAUGUCAAUCCGAAGAGUGAUGCCCACUCAAGAAGUCCAGAAGCUGCCAGUUCCUUCCAAAGUUUUGGAGUUUCUUUUAUAUCGUGUUUAGAAGACUACCUUCCCUAGUGGUAGGGACUGACAGAAUAUACUUAACAUGAACCUCAAGCUUUACCAACUUUAAGUAUCUUUUUAAAGGUUUAGAAGAUUUAUUUAAUUUGAUACAUUCUUGUACUGCAUUUUACCAGUUGAGCUUUUAAAAUAUUUAUAGACUAUAGAAGUAUUUCUGAACGUAUUAAAUGUAAAUUUUUUUAGGUUAACUGUGAAAACAUAUACAUACAUGUAUAUAUUUAGAUAUAAACUGCUAUGUGUUGAAUGGACUCUUUUGCUUUUCUGAUUUUUAGUUCUGAUCUGUAUAUACUGCUUCAGUAGAGCUACAACAUGUAUCUUUUCUGUAAAGGGGAAAGAAAUUUUUCUUUUUUUAAAAAUUUGGGAUACUGAAUUUGGUGAGAAAUACUGACUUAAGAAACCUGAAUUGCCUCAUUCAAAGUGAACAGGAGCAGACUGACCAGCUAAUGAAACACAGUUUAUGUAUAGGGAAAGGAUUUUGUUUUCCUUAGGAUGACAUCUGAGAGGUGGUAUUUGUGACAUUAAAAAGGAUGUCUUUACCGCAUUAAAUACUGCUACAGGCCUUAAUUUGGAAAAGCAGCUUUCUAUCUUAACCCCUGUCCAAAGUUUUGUAUGUCUUAGUUAAUUUGAAAAUCCAUCUACUGUAUUAAUGGCUUGGGGUUUUUUUUUGGUACCAGGAAUUGAAUGUGGGACCUUGCGCUUGGAGGCAGGUGGCGGAACCACUGAGCUAAAUCCCCAGCCCUACUGUAUUAUUGUUAAAUAUUUUGUUUAUACUAAGGGACAACUAUUUUAAGACCAUGGUUUUUCUUUAAAAACACGUAUUCUGUGUUUCUGCAGAGGAUGAUAUUGGUACCUUGCCAAAGAGAAGCAAUACAGUAUAUCUGCUUUUACCUUCUGUUGUUUAUCUUAUCUGCAGAUAUUAAGAAUGUAUGCAUUAUGUAAAAUGCUUGAUUAUAUAUUUUUAUUGAGUUUUUUAAUUAAAGAAUUGUAAAAAGACAA